UUAAUCAUGUUUUUAAAAUUACAUGUUUAUCCAAUUUCGCUAUACGAAUUCAAAUUCAAAAUCCAUACGAAUCAAUUUAACUUAAAUACCUAGGUCUCUAGAAGCGGUUUCGAUAAAACGGUAAAAAGAUGUCUAUGAUAGUCGCAGCCAGAAGUCAAUAAUAGCAAUAAAAUAGGUACAUUGAGCAAAAGAAGCUCAGCCGCCCUAGCCCUGCUCCAGCUUAGCCGAAGAGAAAAGUUCAGUGGCCGCCAGCGCCGGAGCGGCCGCCCAGCGACUUGGUGCGGUGAUUACAUCGCUGCACAAUGAUAAACACGCCCGGGGUCUCAACUAGUUCGUGAGUGAUUCUAUGUAGGUAUUGUAUACGAAUUCAAUCCAUGGAAUUCAUCUUAUUUUGUAAGUACAUACGCACCUACUAGAACGAGAAGCAAGAAUCGAAACGAGUGAGAAGUACUUUAAAGCGCGAGCGAGUAGGAAAACAUGUUAUGUAUUAUUAUUUGAACGUCGAAUGGGAGAAACCUGCGUGCGGGCCUCACGGGCCCCGCCCCGCCCCCGCGCCGUCCCCGCGCCGCGCCGAUCAUAUGUUCGCCGGCGAGGCUCGCAGCGCCGGCUGAUGGCUCACUGCGACUCGGGCACUCGCCGUCGUCGCAACACAACGCGCACUCCUCCACGCCGGCCGCUCGCGCACGAUCAGCUGUCCGACCACAAUACGCCGACACCGGCCGCGACGCGAGCUGUCAAUAAGCCGCAGUGCGGUGUAACAUGGAGCUGCUGUGCGCGGAGCGGGUGAGCCCCGAGAGCGGCGAGAGCGUGGGCCGCGCAGUACCGGCGCCGGCGCAUCGGGCCGCCGCGCCCGACCCGGUGCUGCUGCGGCGCCGCGUGCUCGACAACCUGCUGCGCACCGAGGAGCGCUACGCCGUCACCGCCAACUACUUUGGCACCGUGCAGGCUGAGGUCACGCCGCACAUGCGCCGCCUCGUCGCCGAGUGGAUGCUAGAGGUAUGCGAGGAUCAGGGCUGCCAGGAGGAGGUGUUCCCGCUGGCGAUAUCGUACUUGGAUCGGUUCCUGAGCGUGUGCGCCGUCAGCAAGAGCCAGGUGCAGCUGCUGGGCACGGCUUGCCUGCUGCUUGCGUCCAAGCUACGCGAGCCCGGCUCCCGCGCGCUGCCCGCGGAGUUGCUCGUCUUCUACACCGCCAACAGUAUCACGCUCACCGAUCUCUGUAGUUGGGAGUUGCUGGUGCUGUCUAAGCUGAAGUGGGACGUGGCCGGCGUGACGGCGCACGACUUCCUGCCGCUGCUGCUGUCGCGGCUGCCGCUGCGAGGGCUCGUCAACACCGAGAUGGUGCACCGGCACGCCCAGACCUUCAUCGCGCUCGCUGCCAGAGAUUACGAAUUCACGUUGUACUCGGCGAGCACACUGGCGUCGUGCAGCAUCGCGGCGGCGCUGCGCGGCCUCGGCCUAGACGGCCAUCUGUCACGGCUGCACGAACUCACGCGCAUCGAUUUGGACUGUCUCCAGACAUGCCUUGAACAGAUCGAGGAGAUGGUGCAGAACAUGAUAGAAGAGCGUGUGAGUGUCCCAAACGGGCAGACGCGCGAGGCGGCGGGCUGGACUCCGCCGCCGACGCACGACAAGGCGCACAGUAACGCGGCCACGCCCACCGACGUCAGGGACGUGCACUUCUGAGCCGUCACCUGACCACCUCGCCGCCACCACCGGCCGCCACCAGCCCCGGCUCGCGGCCACUGCGGCCACGGCGUGUGCGCGGACGAUUGCUUUAAUUACGGUGCAUUAGUACGAAAAUACUUUAAACUAUAAAUCUUCAAAUGCGACCGUGAUGAAGGACUGAACCCAAGACUGACAAUCAUAUGUCUCUAACAUAGGUAAUUUUGUACGUAUCUUACUAAUCGCAACUUGCGCAUACAUAAUAAAUAAGUGUAAGCCCUGUGUGCUACUUGUAAUUUGCCUCUAGUCUGUGCGUUCACUAAAACUGUUGCAUUGAACGUGUUUACUUUAGAUAAAACUUUCAGUUCUAGUUAAUACGGUUCUUGAAAUUACAAUCUACCUCUUUAUAAUUUAAGCUUCUUUUCACCUGCCGAGUGCUCUUAAAUCUGUAAUAGUUUGCCAAUAAAAUAGCUGUUACAAAUAGUCAUUACCUUGUUACAUGUUCGAAUGGGACCAAAGUUAGCUUCACAUUUUCUUAUUUUAUAACAUGAACUGACUCAAUCCUUCAGUUGUUUGUAAUUAAUAUAUAAAUAGUUAUAUGGAAUUAUUAUAUAAAGUGUACGUAAGAUAUAUUUAUCAGCUGAUUCAAUCACUGUUAGUAAAUGUAAGCCGAGGUACAAUACCUUUAUACAGCUUACUUCCAAUCAAGCAUUUACAAUAUUAGAAGUUCAAAUUGUUAUCAUACACAAUAAACUUGUGACAGAUUUGAGUUUAAGAAGUCCCUACAGGGAUAACAACAAGUUCCACCAGACUUAUGUUAUUGUAUCGGGGGAAGGCAAUAAAUUACGCUUGUGUAUUGUAAAAACUAAUGUUACAUUCAUUACCUACAUAUUAUAUUUUUAAUACAGUACAGAGUCAGAACUAUGUAUAAAAUUAGCCGUUCAUCUGCAAAUAAUAUUUACAUAAAGAAUAAAAUAAAAUAGAUAUAAUGUAGACAAAGGGCUGUAUAUUUUUUGUUUUGGUAUUUCUCUUAUAAAACUUAUGUAUGUAAGCAAAUUGAUUUAUAAACUUGUUCCUUACAUAUUAGUUGAUAAAAUAUUGUGAUAAGUGUUAUAAAUGUUGAUGUAACUUCGUAUCAUAGUCACUUCCAGUCAUAAUAAUUAUAUUAACUUACAAGGACUAUGCAAGACCAUUUCGGAUUCUAAACGAAAAUUUAAAAACAAUGUGAUCAUGCUUAAGAUGUUUAGGUUAGCUCUUAGUAAUAAAGUGACGCGAUCGUUCCUACGUUUGAACCAUCAGAACUAGACAUAGACAUACCUACAUGCAAUAGUCAUCAUGUUCCACUAUUUUGUACUUAACGUUUCGACUAGACUAAUUAAUGAUCGAAGCGCUCGUAACUUUAAUUAAAAUUGUGAUAUAAUAUCUUCAUAUUUAGUUAUACUUAUGUGUUAAUUAAUUUAAGUACGGGUGGCGUAGGCAAAGGUGAAAAGAUAUUGCCUUUUAAAAACAUUAAAUAGGAGUUACUUUUAUUUUUAAUAUAGUUAAAAAUUGCACUCUGAUAAUAACGUGCACUUUAUUUUUAAAUAGAUAUAUAUAAAGUAAACAAGAAAUCACUCUUAAUGUCUUCCAUGGGUAUAAGAGAGUCGAGCAGUGUUAGCAUAUCGGGUGAAAUAUGUUUCUAAGGUAUUGCGUUUAUAUUUUAUAGUUUUCGUAUUUCUUGUUAUAUCACAUACGCCUGAUUGUUCGUACAGAAUAUUAGUUUAACUAUGUAUUUAGGUUCUGGUGUUGAUGUACAUACAUUAGAGUAAAAUGUAAAUAUAUUGAUAUACUAUAUAGAUAUGCUGUAAGCAUGUGGUGCCAUAAGUUACGCUACUUAACCAGUAUUCUUAAUAAAGAACACACAACACAUUUCCGAUAGUUGACACAACAUGUCAUAGAUGUACACCCGACAAUACUAACUACAUAUACGUAUUUGACUUGCACAAAUUUGGUUGUGGAAAAUAUCUACCUGGUAACUAAGUGCCGCAAUAGUAAAGACAUUGUAACCUGCAACAUACUGCCUGAUAGUAAUAUAUGCUUAAUAUAUAUGAUUGUAUAUAAACAUUAUGUGGGAAAACAUACGCAUUACGAAGUUAGUCUUAUUUUAACGCUAUUUGGCUUUUGGACUGGCUCUUUCGAAAUAGUGUAAGAAAUUUAGUGUGUUUAUUAUGAACUAGAAAUAUAAAAAUGUUAGAGAAAAUGUUAUUUUCCUAAGUGAUUUAAAACGGAUGAGGAAUGAAGGCUUUAGAGCUGCACAGCUCAAACAAAGAUGGGCUUUGAGCGAUUUAUAUGGAUAUACUUUAAUAUUAAUAUUAUAAGGACCAAAAUUCUAAAAGUAAUUAUGACAAGAACAUUUUCAUUACUUUGAUUUUAUAUUGUGAUUUAUUAUAUUUAAGCGACAUUGGAUAUAUGUAGUAGAAAUUAAGUCGUUGAGAAUGUAAAUAUCUACAGAAAAAGUAAUAAAAAAUUCCAAAAUACA